AUGACCACCAGCGACCUGGCAAAAAUGCAUCUUGAACGUCCAUUAACUAACAACUUGACCAUCAAUGAACGCAAAGCUCUCAAAGAAUUAAAAUCAUUAGAUAAUGUUAUCAUAAAACCAGCUGACAAAGGUGGUAACAUUGUCUUAUUAAAUCGGGACAUGUACAUCGAUAUGUGCAUGGCACAUCUCAGUGAUGUAUCUAAUUACAGUGUUCUUCCCUCUGAUCCCACGGAGAUGUACAUCAAAGAGUUUGAAGCCUUACUCAUCACGGCUUUGGAACAAAAAAUUAUUAACAUGGAAGAGUUCAAAUACCUAUUACCACAUAAACAUCCAACUGUAGCCACUCUAUACUGCUUACCAAAAGUGCAUAAAAGCAUCACAACCCCUCCUGGGAGACCAAUUGUCUCAGGCAAUAACUGCCUGACCGAGAGAGCUAGCAAGUUCAUCAAUGAAAUUUUAUAUCCGUACGUCACGGAUCUGCCUUCUUACAUACAGGACACAAAGUCUACUCUAUUGAUCUUAGAAGGGCUUCAAGUACCACCAUACACUUUACUAGCAAGCCUAGACGUUGUAUCUCUGUAUAGUAACAUCCCGCACAAAGCGGGUAUACAAGCAUGUCGCUCAUUUCUAGAAACAGCUUCAUACGAGGAGGCACAGAUUUAG